GUCAGGUAGAAUGCCGGAAAUUCUAAUCCUUGACUAUCGAAUAUUUGGCUUUUGGUCUCUUUAAACAACGACAGAUCACCUUUCGGUGGAUUCCAGUUUUGAUUUAAACGGGGGUACCUGUCUUUUCUUUCAAAUAGCCUAAAGUUGGGCUUGAAGGUGUCACAGACACCGAGUAUUGUCUAAACUGUAGUCGGGCCCGAGUCUGGGCUAGCAUUAGCCUAGCUAUCACAAAGUCCUGCUAGCAAGUUUUAGCUUUUGUCAGGCGUCACUGCAGUUGGCUUUGAAGUCCGCUGUUUAAACUGCAGCGUAUUAGUAAGAACAUAAAACAACCAACACCAUGGCUGUUGUUAACGAAGGUGCCCUGAAGAAAAUGCUGAAGCAAUACAAAUACAGAGACCUGACUGUCCGUGAGAUAACCAAUGUCAUCUCCCAGUACAAGGAUCUGAAGCCAGUUAUGGAUGCUUACGUAUUUAAUGAUGGCUCCACAAGGGACCUGAUGAGCCUGACAGGAACCGUGCCAGUGAGCUACAGAGGCAAUGUUUACAACAUCCCAGUAUGCCUGUGGUUGCUGGACACAUAUCCCUACAACCCUCCCAUUUGUUUUGUCAAACCUACAAGUGCCAUGAUGAUCAAAACAGGCAAGCACAUCGAUGCCAACGGCAAAAUCUACCUGCCUUAUCUACAUGAGUGGAAGCAUCCUCAGUCAGACCUGUAUGGUCUGAUUCAGGUAAUGAUUGUGGUUUUUGGAGAGGAACCUCCUGUGUUUUCUCGUCCCACCACCCAAGCCUCCUACCAAGCUUUCCAACCAGCUGGACCUCCUAAUCCUUCAUACAUGCCUGGCAUGCCUGCAGUGUCACCAUAUGGUCCAAAUCCUAACCCAGGAGGCUAUCCAGGAUACCAAUACCCAGGGGGCAACUCUUAUCCAGCCACUGCUGGGCCUGCACACUACCCCGGCCAGACUCCAGUUUCCACAGUGGGCCAGAGCAGAGAUGGCACCAUUGGUGAGGACACAAUCCGGGCAUCUCUCAUAUCAGCUGUGAGUGACAAGCUUCGCUGGAGGAUGAAGGAGGAGAUGGACAGAGCUCAGGCAGAGCUGGAUGCCCUGAAGAGAACAGAGGAGGACUUAAAGAAAGGGCAUCAGAAACUGGAGGAGAUGGUCUCAAGACUAGACCAGGAAGUGGCCGAGGUUGACAGGAACAUCGAGCUGCUGAAAAGGAAAGAUGAGGAGCUGAGCGAGGCCUUGGAGAAGAUGGAGAACCAAUCAGAGAAUAAUGACAUUGAUGAUGUCAUUGUGCCCACGGCUCCACUCUACAAACAGAUCCUGAACCUUUAUGCUGAAGAAAAUGCAAUCGAGGACACUAUCUUUUACCUGGGGGAGGCACUUCGUAGAGGCGUCAUAGACCUGGAGGUUUUUCUAAAGCAUGUACGUCUUCAGUCCAGGAAACAGUUCCAGCUUCGAGCCCUCAUGCAGAAAGCCCGCAAGACAGCCGGCCUUAGUGACCUCUACUGACCCACACUAACUACCUGAAAUCACUAAACAUCUUCAUCUUCUCGUUGUCUCUUCUUCAUCUUAUAUCCCCUUUCUUAUCUUCUUCUAUUUCAAAGAACUGCCCUCCUUUGCAAUCUCUAUAGACAGAGAUUUGAACAGCAAAUCCCGGGACUCACAAUGAUGCAACAUCACGAGUCAGACUGUCUUGUCUAGGACAGAGAUGAAAAUUCUGUUCGGACAUGAUUUAUAUUUUAAUAUGAGCAAAAAGUUUGAAAACAUGAAUCAACAGUUAUGGCCCAUUUGCAACACACAUUUAACCCGAAGUUAUCAGAUCCCAAACCAUCAAUUUUUCAAUACUUUUUGAUACCAUGUGUUUAAAACUAUACAUUGUUAUUUAACUAGCAGUUGUAUUUAAAGUUCCCAAGCUUGUUAAAGAAAAAGACAAAUAUUCAACCAUGCUUGACCCCAUAGAGAUGGAGCACUGUUUAAACUGCACAAAUACAUUAGCAACAGUAAACGAUGUGCGAACUAGAGAGUAUGCAGGAUUUAUCUUGCUAUUUUUGUUGCUUUUUUGCUGCUUACAAAACAGAAAUGAUCCAAUAUUUGAGGCCUCUUAUUUACAUUGCCAUGGUUUCAAAGUAGAUAAUGGUGUUUGAUAUGUAUGUUGUACAAAGAAAACAAAAUUUCUACAUUUUGAGAAAGCUUUAAAAAUAGACUCACACUUAGGUUGCCAUUAUUGCCAUUGCUUUAAGACUUUUUAAUUCAGUAAGGGGGAUGCUAUUUUGAUGUAGACCAUGGUGAGUACAAUCAUAAAGAUGUACGAAGAACAAUGUAGCCAUUUGACAUCACUACCAAGAAUGCAUUGAACAAUAAUAGCAGCCUACAUGAAGUCUAUGGUGUUUACUUUGUACAAUAUUGCAUAUAAAAGGAACUGAUGUUAAUCCAGUAAGGUCAGUAUGUGGUGUGCAGGAUUCCUGUUAAAAAUGUGUGGAAUCAUGACAACCCUAUGCACAUGCCAUUUUGCUAAAGGUACGGUUGGAUUCAGUUCUUUGUGGCUUGCUAACUGUGUGUUAUUGUGUUGAAACAUGCAGAAAAUCCCAUAGGUUCUUUUGGCAAUGCGUUUGCCACACAAAGUCAUUUGGCUAGUAAGCACAAAUUUUUAGGGGCUCGUAGAAAGGGGGGCCCACAUGUCUAACCCCUGUCAUAAUGAGAAGGCUAAGCUAUGAUUUAAAUACCUAGGAUCACCUUACAGAACAGACAUUCAGUGUUUCAUGAGCUGCGGGUCGAGUUCAGUUGCCAUUGAGUCACAAUUGAGUAUGUAAAUGGGCUUUAUUUUCUUUUAGCUCCACUUAUGCGUGCCCUCACUAUGUCUUUUGUGUGUUGCGUCACAAUGGUGUGAAUGAGCAUUGUAUGUCCACCCUCCAGUCUGACUGCAUUAACCAGUCAGUCAUGUGCAGCAUCGGCUUACUCUGUACAGUGUCUGAGCUGGAUAACUCUUUUGCUUUAUUUAAAGGUAUAAUAGUGCUGUUCUAAUUCUUCAUUUCUUUUUUCUUUGAGCUGUCCUCUAACUCUCAGUCUGAAACGUGGGAAAAGUUGUGUAUACAGUUUGAGUUAUGGAGGGUACAAAACAUAAAGAGGUAUUGUGCUAAUCAAGAAGUUAACUUAUGUUAAGGUUGCAAACAGGUGUCAUUUAAAUUAGCCUUUUACUAAAUGCACUUUGAAUUGUAUAAUAGAUUAUCUACUGUUUUUUUUUUCUCUUUUUCCAACUCAACCAUAGACCACCUGUUCUUUUAUAUAUCUGUAGAUUUAUGUAAAUCAGAAAAAAUAAAAGAAAUCUGAUUU